AUGUUUACCCGUUCAAUAACCUCUAGAAGAGGAGGCGCCUGGACAAGGGUGGUCAUUUUCAUCUCACUACACGUGAUGCUCUUGGAAUCCCUCAUCGAAUGGGCUCUGGUACUCUAUCUAUAUGCCAUCCGACAUGUGGACUCGAAGAUGACCCCGAGCUUGAUUCUUGCUCUUGUCGCGUCCUUCUUCACUGUCCCUCUGGUCGCUCUCCAUAGUCUCCUUGCCUGGCAAUAUAACCGGGUUUUAGGAUUCGCGAGCCAGAAAGCUCUGCUGCACGCUGCAUGCACCUAUAUCGUUCGGCUGACGGUUAUCACCUGGGUUGCUGCCAGUGUGGCAGGCUUAGUCGUGGUCUCGCAGCAGACCUUUUGCCUGGCCGACGAUGGCAGCGGCAACUUUUGGAAGAUCGGUAUCAGCUGCGCGCUACAUCGGGCAGCCGUCAUUGUUUCUAUUUUGUCCUUCGUAACGGUGUGUCUGUUCUUUUGCUCACGAAAGCUCAGCGAGCGGCCGUACGAUAUAUCUCUUCUCGGCAUAUAUCGACAGGAGUCGUCAAUCUGCGACGACAAGAUCUCUUCCAGCUCAACUCUGGCAAGCCACAUCAGUCUAGAAAAUGAUAUCUAUACUGUCUGCCGCCGACCUGAUGUGACCUAUGGGAAGGACUUGUACUUGUUGUCGAGCAGCAACUCCAUACGGAAAUCCGGCAGUCUCCAACAGCCUGAUUCCCUACAUAUGAGACCUCAUUUGAAGCUUGACACGCAGUGUGAAGCAGACAGCGCAGAACUAUUCUCCGGGACAACCCUCUCGGUCAAUGGCACUCCGUCAAAGAAGUCGUUCAGGGAUUUGUCAAGCUCCGAUAUCUACUCAAAUAUCUCACGUACACCUACAAAGUCCACCUACGAGCCUUAUCGCCCGGCUUUAGUAGCAGAAUUAUCAGGGUCGCCUACAGUCAAUCAUGGCCAUAAAAGACACAAAUCUUCUGGGUCCUCCUUUCGCCGGUUUCUUCCUAAAGUAUUCGCACCCCCGAUAUCGUUGUCGGCAGAUCCUCAGAUCCGCGCUCUUGCCGAUCCCAACAACCCUACGGAUAUUGAGCAACAAGCAGCAAAUAUUGAGCCCCCUCCGACGCCUAAGAAGGAAUACGCUCCAGGUCACCCAUUGGCGUCAUCUCCAGUAGAGAAGUCACUGAUACCCAUAACAAGCGUUGUUACCAACCAUGAACUCGAAGCAAAUCAACCCGAAGAAAGCACGAUGCCACGCUCAAUGUCAAUCAACUCUGCCGAAGCCCCUGAAGUUGUUGUUCCAGAACCAUUGCGAGUGCACAGAUCCAAUACUUCCCAGACAGCUCCAAUUCCUGGCCCAUCCCACCGCUCUCGACCAUCAAUCCCGCCUGUGCCGCGAAACCCACUCGUGCAGCCAAAUCCCAGCUAUAGACGCCAUCCGCUAGAACAAGGACACCCCAGACGCCAAAGCACACGGCGCCACAGCGGCCGCCAACGUCAAGUCUACCGGUUUGAGCCAUGUCAAAUCCCACGCCACACUCAAAGCCAGUACCACCCCCAGCAGAACCGCUACAGCCGCCGAGCAUAUUUUGACACUACCCGCCGAAUGCCCUCGCAGCGGCGCAGGAGCGACGUCGAGAUCGUGUACUCUAGCACUCGACGUCCUCGCAGCAAUACCUGCGGUGGCAUGAGCACCCUGUCUGGUCCACUAGAUUGUAUCCGCGAGACGGGGGCCUCCGUUGACGAAGCCCCAUGCGACAUAUUCUCCGAGGGAAACACCUACAGAGGGACCACCCGAACGAACAGCAUGCAUGGAUACUAG